AUGUGCUCAGCUGACACCACAAGGUUCAUUAUUCUUUGGGGAGCAGCUAGAGUAGGCCUGUGUGGACUUCACCACAGAGUGACAUGCUUCAGGAUCCAAGUAUUUACCGCGGAUUGUUUGUCAUCAUCGCAACAUGUCUUCGACCGGAUCAGCACAAUCAAAACGCCUGAUUUCUCUACUGGGAUCGAUGGCGUUUUCGGGCGGCGUGCUGAUGCGGAGACGAGCACAAACAUGGUGAAAGCCUACUUGGAGCACGGCCACAAUGACCUGGACACUGCCUUCAUGUACACAGAUGGACAGGCAGAAACAUUCAUUGGGGGAAUUAAUCUCCCCCCAAAAUAGUAACUAAUCCAGUUGUAAUACUGUAGGCCUAACUAAAAAUUGUAAACAAAAGUGACAUGCCAAAACACAAUGCAGUUUUCCAAUACUGUAAGUCUCAGUAUACAAUCGAAGCAAAGUAUGCUGCAGCAGCUUUUAUGUCACCAGAUUGCAUUGGCAAAUAGGCAUGUAGGCCUAACAACAGAGAACAGGAGAAGAAGAGAAGAGUUCAACAAAUGUGUGUGAGUGUAAGAAAAGUUAACCCACAUGCAGUGCCUAAAAUGUGUCCAGAAAUAGAAUCCUAGCUUCAAAGUGCAAGUUAGCUACAAUGUUUCAAACCUCUGCUACAUUAGGGCCUACCACUGUAACUUCUUACACAUGCUCUCUGAAGUUAUUGGACCUUAUCAGCCAUUUGUUUUAUUGCCUGUAUCUCCAGUGAGCAUUGCCACCAAGGCCAACCCCUGUGAGUGAAAGACCCUGAAACCAGACAGUGUGUGUUCACAGCUGGACCUCCCUGAAGAGGCUGCAUACUCGGUCUGUGGACAUCUUCUACCUCCACGCUCCAGACCAUCAGAACCCCAUCCAGAACACACUGCAGGCCUGCAAUGAGCUCCACAAAGAGGUACUGGCCUCACUAGGGGUUACCCUCCUCACACCUACCACAGGCACAUCUCAAACCAACAGGCCUGGUCAGCACUAUUAACUAAAAUGCCAGUGCAACACAAAAAAAAACUAAGUCGCAACACAGGCUACAUCUCAAUUGCUGUUCCAACCUCUUCAGAAAAGCAUGCUGUAAUGAUCCAGUGAUUACUGUGCUUCUGAUCGGGUUGGAACAGCAAAUUAUUUUCCAAUAGUUUUGUUCUGAACAGAACCACUAUUUUUUCGUUCCACUGUUCUGACCAGCAAAAUAAAGUUCUGAACCAGUUCGAACCCCAAAAAAUUAACAGUUUCGAUCCUUUUAAAACCUCUGAAAUCUUUUUUUUUUUUUUUUACGUUUAGCUCAACAUUCAAUUACUUCACCAAUCAGUGCGCAUAGAGCAGCUUGCUAUCGAUUGGGCAAGCUAUAGUUGGUUACCUGCAUUGGACAGACAAGUGUAGGGCGUUAGAUGCAACUGAAAUUUUGCAGGUGGAGAGAGAGAGAGAGAGAGAGAGAGAGAGAGAGAGAGAGAGAGAGAGAGAGAGAGAGAGAGAGAGAGAGAGAGAGCGAGAGUGUGGAGGAGGAGGCUUGGCUUGAAGCACUGGGCAUCUUCUUAUGACAUGAAUUAGGCCGACAUAAUUAUACCUACGGAGGAGCGGCUUCUAUGAAGGAACUUUGAAUGUCUUUUAACUUAAUGUUGGACCAGAGCUAGCUAGCAUGCUUAUGUGUGCAGAACUGCACAAAAACAAAAAAAGUAUUACCUUUUUGUAGUUAAUAAAUCCAAUGUGAAACGUGAUAACUAUAGUAUCCUUAACUAGCAUAGAAAAAGUUAAUCCAUUCUUCUCUAAUUAAAAAUAUCUCUCCCUAAUUUCUGAAUAACGCUUGUAACGUCAGUAGGAUACAGUAGCCUAUGCUUCAGAGGGGGAGGGGCAGGUAGCCUACACAUCCGCACAAACACUGGCAAAGCUUUUCAGCUGGCAGGGUGACACUGGAAUACGUUUCUGAGUGACAGAGUGAGGGCUUUGCAUAGGUGCUUUGUUGUGUUUUUUUUUGUGAGACUGGAAAAUAAUUCCCAUAAUUUAAAAUAACUUUAUUAACCGGUUCCCAUGCUUUUAAAAUAACAGUUCUGUUCCGGAACAGUAUAGAUCACUUUUGUUCCCGGCUCUGAAUCUGUUCCUUGAAAAAUGUCGUUUUCCGGUUUUCGGUUCUGUUCCCUGAACCGGUUCCAACCCUUGCUUCUGAUAUUUGAGUAAGAAAAAAAUAAUAGUGGUGGCAAUAUAAUCGUCCAUGAAAUUAUUUCACUAUUGCAAUAUUAUGCUAAUGCAGGGAUAUAUUCAUGCACUUUGGGCAUGGUCUUUAUUUCUAUGUUGGUUUUCAGGGGAAAUACAAGGAGCUUGGCUUAUCAAACUAUGCUGCGUGGGAAUUCGCUGAAAUCAUUACCAUCUGCAAACAAUAA